AUGGGCGUGCCUGCCUGGCUUGAUGACUCUCGGAAUCCCGGGGUGUGGAUUGUCGCCAUCUAUCCUCUCCUGAUAUUCCUGCUUGCCCUUGUCUGCCACUUCCAGAUGCAGGAUUUUGUCGAAAGCUUUCCGCUGGCGCCAGAUGAUGCUGCAGCUACAAAAGAAAGCCAGACUUCAGACAUAGGAGAUACAUCAUCCAUGGAGUACGACUUGAUUCCGCCGGGUGGUGCGAGUAUUGUCACAGAGCAGACAGACCCUGCGGGUGGAAUCAAUCCAACCGCCGAAGUUCCCGAAGCUCGAGUUCCACCCUGUAGGGACGAAUCUUCGGGACACACGAGUGUCGGCAAAACCGAAGGAGUCUCGCGCCCUAAGCAGUCGAAAUACACCAAAGGAGUUCUCAUUUACGGCCUCCAAAUUCUUCUAGCACACCGCCUCGGGGCUCUCGCCACGAGACGAGUGCAGGAGACCCACAGCAUUGCAGACAAAGUCCUCGGGUUGCUGGCAAUGACUGUCGUUACUUUGUUGGUCCUCACAUCCCUUGGACAUCUGGAAACGCCCAGAUCAUGGGGAAUGAGCAAUUCAGAGGCCAUUGGCUUGCUUUGGGGCAACUUCUUGGACGCUCUUCGUGGCAGCGUAUCUGGGUCGUUCAGGAAAUCGUCAUGGCUCGCAAGGCAUUCGUCCUUUGCGGGCGUUGGGCCGCCGAAUGGGGUCAAAUUGAGAGAGCUAUCGCAGCCUUCAAGGGAUGCUUCAUCUACAUUGACGAACUUCAACAGUCCGACAUAUUUCAUCAGUCCGAGGAGCUGCAACCUUUUACCCCAAAAUGCUGCAAACCUGCUGUUAAUCCAGCAACUGAGAUUCGUCGUCAAAAAUCCGUGCCUGAGAAGAAGUCCCUAUGACUUUCAGGCCUUGUUGGGAUUGGCAAAAGGCAAAGAUACGACGGAACCGCGGGACACAAUCUUUGCACUACUGGGAAUUUGGAAAGAGUUACGACACCCAGAUUUGCUCGAGGUUGACCAUGCGAUCACAACUUGCAAGCUUUACAUGCGGGUUUGCCAAGUUCUGUACGACUACACUGGCACUGUUAACUUCUUGAACCUUGUCGAGGAGAGAUCGCAUCGCAAAGGACGACCAGGAUUUGGGGCUACCUGA